GAGGCGUUACGUUUGAAGCUGCGACAAGCUGACCGAACGCCCGACAUUCAUUGAGCCUGAGCUGCUUUACCGGUGGUAAUCGGAUUCCAGUGUCCUGCUGUGCUGAAGGUCCACGGUCGCUCAUGAAUGGCACCAUGGCCGCGUCCUCGCACCGGAUAAUGCUCGGACCGCUGGUUGCAGCCAUCGACCAGGGCACCAGCUCCACUCGGUUUCUGGUGUUUAAUUCAAAAACAGCAGAGCUCCUCAGUCAUCAUCAGGUGGAAAUCAAACAGAGCUUCCCCAAAGAAGGAUGGGUGGAGGAGGACCCCAAAGAAAUCCUACAGUCUGUGUAUGAGUGCAUGGAGAGGACAUGUGAAAAACUCACUCAGCUCAACAUAGAUAUCUCAAAUAUAAAAGCUAUUGGAGUGACGAACCAAAGAGAGACCACGCUCGUUUGGGACAAAGAGACAGGGGAGCCCCUCUACAAUGCAAUUGUUUGGCUGGACCUGAGGACUCAAUCAACAGUUGAACGUCUAAUUAAUAAAACCCCAGGAAGGAAUAAGAACCACUUGAAGCAUAAAACAGGCCUCCCCAUUAGCACCUACUUCAGUGCAGUAAAGCUCCGCUGGCUCAUGGACAACGUAGAGCAGGUCCAUGAAGCUGUGGUGUCCCACCGAGCCAUGUUCGGCACCGUCGACUCUUGGCUCAUUUGGUGUUUGACAGGGGGCAAGUCCGGUGGAGUCCACUGCACAGACGUGACCAACGCCAGCAGAACCAUGCUGUUCAACAUUCAUACUAUGGACUGGGACCCAGAGCUUUGCAAAUAUUUUGGUAUUCCAAUGGAGAUCCUUCCCAGAGUGAGGAGUUCAUCAGAAAUAUAUGGUCUUAUGAAAAUAUGUUCUAGCCGGAAAUCGGGUGCUCUUUCAGGCAUCCCCAUUUCAGGGUGUCUCGGUGACCAGUCGGCGGCGCUUGUUGGACAGAUGUGCUUUCAGGAUGGACAAGCUAAAAACACGUAUGGCACUGGCUGUUUUCUUCUGAGAAACACUGGAGCAAAGCCUGUGAUGUCGGAUCAUGGCCUUUUGACCACUGUGGCGUACAAGCUUGGCCGGGACAAACCUGCCUGUUAUGCCCUGGAGGGCUCUGUGGCCAUCGCAGGAGCUGUGGUUCGUUGGCUGCAGGACAAUCUCGGCAUCAUUGGAUCAUCUGAGGAGCUUGAGAAGUUGGCUGCAUCGGUCGGUACCUCCUAUGGCUGUUACUUUGUUCCUGCAUUUUCGGGCCUUUACGCACCUUACUGGGAGCCAAGUGCUAGAGGCAUAAUUUGCGGUUUAACUCAGUUUACCAAUAAGAGUCACUUGGCGUUUUCUGCGCUGGAAGCCGUUUGUUUCCAGACACGCGAGAUACUGGAUGCCAUGAAUCAGGACAGUGGGAUCCCGCUCACUCAGCUCCAGGUGGAUGGGGGCAUGACGUCCAACAGACUGCUCAUGCAGCUGCAGGCUGACAUCCUCUGCAUUCCUGUCGUGAAGCCGUCCAUGCCGGAGACCACAGCUCUCGGUGCAGCCAUGGCUGCAGGAGCAGCCGAGGGGGUCAGCGUGUGGAGUCUGAGCCCCGAGGACCUGAGCGAAGUCACAUCGGAGAAAUUUGAGCCACAGAUCAACCCAGAAGAGAGCGAGUUUCGGUACGCUCGGUGGAAGAAGGCGGUGGAGAAAUCCAUGAACUGGGAGACGACGGAGCCCGUCGGUAAUGGAAACGGUGAAACCAGUAUCUUCAGCAGCGUCCCCCUGGGUUUUUACAUCAUGGGCAGCAUGUUGAUGUUAAUUGGUGCAAAGUACAUCGCAGGCCACAGCUAAGCUCUGACUUCUGGAGGCAUGAAAGCAAACAGCAGAAACAAAUGCAUAAGAUUGGACCAGCACUUAUUCCUGAAGAAAGGCGCCUGCUGAGCGUCACCGACUGGAACACGAGUUCAAACAGACCGAUGUGAAGGACGUUGAUGCGUUCGAUAGGACCUUUGACAGGAAUGUGCAUGCAGUAAUUUUUAAAUCUGUUUUUGUUGCGUUGUAUAUGUAGAAACAUACUUUUAGCAGGUGGGUAGUGAAAUCUGCUGCUCAAUUAGCAUUACUUGGCUUGUCAGUUCACUGUCAAAUGGUCGCAUUUCGUGAGCUACUGAGGACCUUUAGAGCACUUUAUAUUUUUUGUUUUGUCUUUCGAGACCCUUUUAACAAGAGUAAAUAUAUUUUCUUUAUAUUAGGUAGUUUUGUAUCAGACAAAGGAGGCGUCUGAUGGUGUUUACUGAAAUGAAGUGUUCAAAGACACACAAGUAUGAAAUGAAGGCCAAUAACCGACAUACAAUACAUGAAUUAGACUUCUCUUAAUCUUGGGUGAAAACAUGUGAAAAUAGAAACUGCUGGAGCAUUUUGUCACAAAUAAUGAUUUUUCCAGUAGUUGUCAUGAUGUGUAUGGGAAACUACAGUUUUAAGGGACCCUAGGUGCCUUUUCACUCUUAUCAACCUGAAAAGCUCACAAAAAAAGUUAUCUCACAUGUUAUGCAAAACGUCUCGUCAAAUUAUGCAAAGCCUUGUACUGGACAUUCAAUGCAAACAUUUCAUAUGCACUCUGGGGAGAUAACGCCCACCAGAGCGAUUGGUGUCUCCAACAUGGCCUCUGAUUGCGUUAUUAAAGUUAAUAUUAGGACAUUGAAACCUCAUGAAGGAAAGUUCGGUUCUCUUGUUACCUUUGACCUUUGUAUGGACCAGCAAAGUGUGUGACGCAGACAGAACAGGUGUUCAGUUGUCCUGGCAGCAGUUAACUGCUUAAUAAAGCAGUUAUUUAUUAAACGCUCUAGCUCCUACUGAAGCUAUCAAAGCUCAAAGUGCAAACAGUUUACUAAUGGAUAUUUAUUUUAAUUUAAGACCCAUAACUGUGAGGUUGUAUUUUAAUAAUGAAAGCAAGUCACCACCUAAUGCAGCUCGCUCGUUACUGCUUGUUACUGUGUUCAACCUAUUUACAGUCUUCGUAUCAUACAAUCCUCAUCAGGUUCUUCACUCUUGAUUCCGAUUUUCUGUGUGCACAUUAAAAUGUGCUGGGAGCUUUGAGGAGCGUGUCCUCGUACAGAGCAGGUACCUUUCCGUUGAAGACGUACUGUAAUGUACUGGUCUAAUGUGAGAAAAUAAUGUGUGCAUGUGUUUUAUGUACAAAAUAGUUUUGUCAUUAAAAAUGAACUUUGUCGCAAA